UAUAGAAAAUGUCACUCCUUAAUAUGAGUCAUUUUAAAAGAAUGACCUCAUCAGCCAUUGAAGUCGUUUCCAUUCAACCUGUAAAAUAUAUAAAGUGCGCCAUUCUAGAAAUGGAAAACAUAAUUAUUUACCACUGGAAAAGCUUUCUUAGCAUUUACGAAGUGCCGAACCUCUAUGCAAGCGUUAAAUAACUAAAAAAUGUGCAUAUCAUCAUAUAUCCUAAUUCUCUCCCUUCUCUCUCUUUUUUCUCAAGGUUUUCUACUCUCAAAAUCUCUGCAAGAGUUUGAAGAUGAAGAUAUGUUGUUAGCUACAUUAGAUCUGGGAAAAAAUCUACAAAAUGGAGAUAAAAUUAUGAACAGGGGAGCUAUACCAUUGCUGAAGCACUACAAGACUGAAGACAACAGUGUUUUCAAUUAUAAGAAUGCUGGAAACAUGAGGUUUUUGGACAGAGGUUCCAGACAUGAUUUCUUCAAUGACGUUAUGCCAAUCAACUUGGGUAGAAAGCAACUACCUUAUCCUGCUCUGAUGGGUGCUGUGGCUUUUCCAGCUGACACUGAAAUUCAAAAUACUGAGUCAAUACAGGAAAGAGAGACCACGGAUGAAGAAAAUUCAGCUAAAUUCCCUAUAGGAAGAAGGGAUUUUGACAUCCUCAGGUGUAUGCUGGGAAGAGUCUAUCGACCUUGUUGGCAAGUGUGAAAACUACUCACGUCCACCACCUUCUUU